AUGACGACCCAGAAGCUGACCUUUCCGUCUUUUCCGGGCGACUUGCCACCAAUAUUGUUACAGAUAACUCCACAGCCCACUGAGCCGUUAGUACAACAAUGUCAACUUGAGCCCGUUAAGCACCUUGCAGUUUCGGGUGUCCACCGAACCUCGCGGAGGAAUAUAUCGCCUGCAAGGAAACGUUAUCUUUCCUCCACACAUGAGGAUCAGAUAGUGAGUAAUGUCAUCCGUCGGCACUCCAGUGCGAUACCUUCCCACCAUUCGUGCAGUCCCCUGGAUCAGUCAACACCGUUCAAUGGCGGCGCAAAGAGCUUGGAGGGCAAAACGACACUCCACAUCUGCGCGAAGGGCUACACUACCAUGCUUCAGUUUCUACUAGAUCAUGGCGCGGAGAUCGACGCAACUAACUUCGUAGGCCGUACUGCCCUCUACUACGCGACGAGAGGACAUACUGACUCGGUGUCGGUGUUCCUUGAGCAGGGCGCUGACACGGAGCUGACUGAUGAGUUCGGGCAGACUCCAUUGCAUAUCGCCGUGGAGCUGGGAUAUGAGGCGGUGGCGAGACCGUUGAUUCGCGAAGGAGCUGAUAUCAAUGCUCUCAUCGCUAGUGGAAUACAGCAGCAAUCAUAA